CGUGCCCACUUCGCCCGUCCGGGUCCAGCCCCGCCAUUGUUUAUAGCUUCCCCGCCCCCACAACUCGCCGACGCCUCGUCCGUGUAUAAGUAGCCACGGCUCACGAGCUUGCAGUGGCAGCGCAGCGCGGUGUAGGCGUGUGUGGUCGGGAGCGCAGCUCGCCAGUUGAUAGCACAGAACCCCGUGACCGUGAGUCGUGAGUGUUCGUGACCACCACCGGAGAAGCCAAGGAAUGGCGUCGAGUGAGCUGUCGUCGGACGCGUUCGCCUUCCCGUGCCGCGACGACGGCUCGGCGGCGGCGCUGUCGCCGGAGGUCGUGAUCACGGUGCUCGCGUCCAUCCUGGAGCGGCACAUCGCCCGCAACGAGCGGGCCUUGGCUGCCGGGAGCGACCGCGAGGCGGCACCAGGAGGCGACAGCGGCGAGGCGACGGCGGCGGCGGCGACGCUGCGGCGGGUGCGGGCGUUCGAUAGCGGCACGGAGCUGGACAUGAGCCUGCGCGCGUUCCUGGAGCGCUUCUCCCGGUACGCGAACGUCUCGCCGCAGGUGUACGUGGUGGCGUACGCGUACCUGGACCGGCUCCGGCGCGGGGACGCCGGCGUCCGCGUCGUGCGCGCCAACGCGCAGCGCCUGCUCACCGCGGCCAUCCUCGUGGCGUCCAAGUUCGUGGAGGACCGCAACUACAAGAACUCCUACUUCGCGGCGGUCGGCGGGCUGGCCGCGGCGGAGCUGAGCGCGCUGGAGCUGGACUUCCUGUUCCUGAUGCAGUUCCGGCUCAACGUGUGCACGAGCGUGUUCCAGAGCUACUGCCGCCACCUGGAGCGGGAGGUGAGCCACGGCGGCGGGUACCGGGUGGAGCGGCGGCUCGAGAAGGCGCUCGUCUGCGCCGGAGAGGCGCGGGCGCAGCAGGCGCAGCACCGGCGGGCGGCGGCGGCUUUGUAAAAUCCAGAGCGUCAGGAAGCUGUAAGCCUGUAACUGUAAUAGUCGAAGCCAGGGCAUGCCAGCGUGGUCCGUCGCUGGCGACCGGGCAAGAGCUGCGCGGAUUGAUCGCCGAGGCGCCGCCGGAGGCACGCUGGUAGAGAUGGUGUCGGUGCCCAAAGGGCUCCACGGCACAAGGAUGUGCAUAGCAUAAUCAUGGCUUGCCCAUGAGUUAGGCUUGCAAGCAUUGUACUCCUCGAUCGAAGAAAAAGGGGAUUCGAAGAGGAAACGUAAAAUAACUUCUUCUCAA